AUGGCGACAAGAAUGGGAAAGUCUGGCAAGCCGCUGAUGCGCUACUCCACGUUAGAUAUGGCCAAAGACUGCAUCGAGCUUCUCGACCAUCUCGGCUGGACUAGCAAUCGCCAAUUACACAUAGCCGGUGUCUCAAUGGGCGGGAUGAUUGCCCAAGAACUCGCCUAUCUAAUCCCGGACCGUCUCGCCUCGCUCUCUCUCCUCUCCACGGCAGCAGCCAUCGAAAACACCACCAGCUUCGUGGAGCACAUGAAGGCGCGAGUGCGCAUGUUCAUGCCCAAGAGCCUCGACCGCUCCGUCUCGGACUCGGCCGCCGUGCUCUUCUCCGAGGCCUGGCUCGCCCACGAGGACGACGCCGUCCUACCCACGGCGUCCACGCCGAACGUCGAGCUGCCCCCGUCCGGCGCCUACGGCCGCUUCCCCACGAACUACGAGCGCUUCGCCGCCCAGGAGAUCAUGAAGCGCCUGAACGUCGAGGAGUUCCAGAGGAAGGGCUUCCUGCUGCAGGCAAUCGCGGCCGGCUGGCACCACAAGACGAAGGAGCAGCUGGAGGAGAUUGGGGACCGCGUCGGCCGGGAGAGGAUCAUGGUCAUGCACGGCACGAAGGAUAGUAUCAUCUCGGUCCCGCACGGGCGGAAGCUCAUCGAGAUGCUGCAGCCUGGGGUGGGCCUGAUUAAGGAAGGGAUUGGGCACGUGUUCAUGCUGGAGGAGACGAAGUGGUUUCACGAGCAGAUGGAGGCGUUAAUUGCGAAGACGGAGGGGCUGGGGAAAUAG